AUGUGCUUUGGCAGGAAACCCGCAGACCCGGAGUCGAAGAAGAAUGAGGAAAUCGAAAAGGACCUCCGCGUGGACAGGAAGAAGUCGGAGCGCGAGGUGAAGCUCCUGUUGCUUGGUGCUGGCGAGAGCGGCAAGUCGACGGUUCUGAAGCAGAUGCGCAUCAUCAACGCAGGCGGAUUCGGCAGGACGGAGCGCAAGACAUGGCGAGCCACCAUCUUCAACAACCUGGUGUCGGCCUUCCAGACCAUCUACGCGGCCAUGCAGGAUGACGACACUGAUUUCGAGGACGAAGACAACAUCCGCUACUCCGAGCUGGUCAACUCCGCACCAGAUAUUGGAAUCGAAGAGCCCAUGCCCGAAGAGUUCCUCACUGCCUUCAACUGCCUGUGGGCGGACAAGGGUGUGCAGCUGACGAUACUGAGGGGCAACCAGUACGCGCUGCACGACAACCUGAGCUACUUCUUCCAAGAUGUCGACAGACUCUUCGCCAAAGACUUCCUUCCCACUGACCAAGACAUUCUGCGCACACGACUACGAACAACCGGUAUCUCAGAGACCAUCUUUGAGCUCGGCAACCUGACAUACAAGAUGGUCGACGUCGGUGGCCAGCGCUCGGAACGGAAAAAGUGGAUUCACGUAUUCGACAACGUGCAAGUAGUACUGUUUCUCGUCGCCAUCAGCGGUUACGACCACGUACUAGUGGAAGACAGGAAUGGGAACCAAAUGCACGAAGCCUUGAUGCUCUUCGAAUCCAUCUCCAACUCCAAGUACUUUGACAGAUCAGCCUUGAUCCUCUUUCUCAACAAGAGCGAUCUCUUCCGAGAAAAGAUAGCAGGUGGCAUGAGCCGAAUCAACAAGGUCUUCCCAGACUACACAGGCUCUCCGACCGAUGUCGAAGCAGGACAGGAGUUCUUCGCGGCCAAGUUCCGCAACCUCGUACGACAGCCGAAGAAGGAGGUUUACAUCCACUACACCAACGCGACCGAUACGGAUCUGCUGAAGAAGACCAUGGCAUCAGUACAGGACAUGAUUGUCCAGCGCAACCUCAAUGCCCUCAUUCUGUGA